GUGUCAAAUAAUAUGUGUCUCCCUUUUAUUCCGGACCGAGACUUACCGUCGCGGGAUUUUCCGAAAUGUCUGGUGUUGAAUCGUUUUCUUCUUAAAAAAAAUAAUAUUUCUUUUCCAAGUCAUGAGGCGUUUUGUGGACAGCGUGGUCUUUUGUUCUCUAGAUAUUUUUCUCGUUUUGACAAAGGGAAGCUCGUUGUUAUUCAAGGUUGCCCGCUGCGACAGUAUCACACCUUUUUUACACGCGCUCGUUCGUCCGUGGGGCGAAUUCUUCUUUGUUUUUGGGGUGAUAAUUCCACGCGUCUCACGAUAGCUGUUUAGCUUUAUGAAUUGUGAAAAUAUAAUGAGAAUACCAGAAGUGAAGUGGGUCCUUGUUAAGAUGCUGCACAUCAAUGGGACAAGGGCUUCAACCCCCCCGUGAUUCUAACAAAGAGCCAUAAAAUCAACAUAACAUCCUCACAGAAUCCUAAUUCGGGGGAAGACCGCAAAGACGGGACCUUUUUGUCAAUAUGAUCAUCUUUUAGUCCCACACGAUUUUUAUAUAAAACAAUUCACUCCUUCAGUGUUAAGAGAAUUAAGCAGAUGUCCUUCUGCAUUCUGCUGUGAAUCAGCUAUGUGGGAUAAAACAUUGGACAUCAUCACCAAAGGGGUUCGGUUCCGAUCCAGACCCACUGGCAGGGCAGAGUCCUCUCUCAGGCAGCAGGUCCCCCGUGUCCUCAUGUGCCACUAGUCACCGACUCGCUUCCCGGCAAGGGGGGCCGACCCAAGCGGCGUCUCCAAGCAGCGCCAUGACCCCGUCGGACAGCGACGACGAAACGGCCAGCGAUCUGUCCGGGUCCCAGGAAAUCCGGGAGCUCCAGGACCAGUACGCGAUGGACCCCGAGAGCAGCUUCAAGUCCAAAAGCCUGCCGGCGCUGAACGGGCCCUGUCAGGCCGGCGCCGCCCUCGCCUGUCAGGCGGCCGCGGCGGAGAGCGGCGAGCUCCGGCCCAAGACCCCGGACUCCUCCUCCAGGGCGGACUUCUCCCCCUCUGCCUCCAGCACGGUGGGGCUCGGCACCCCUCUGCCGCUGGAGGGCCGCGGGGGGAAGAAACUCGGCUUCUCUCUUACCCGCCUCAUCCGCGUCCCGGCCAGAAGGUACGCGCGGUUCGUCCUGAGGGACUCCCGCUGCUUCCUGUUCUGCAUGUGCUACCUGACCUUCAUUCAGUCGCUGAUGGUGUCGGGCUACCUGAGCAGCGUCAUCACCACCAUCGAGAAGCGCUACAGCCUGCGCAGCUCCGAGUCCGGCCUGCUGGUCAGCUGCUUCGACAUCGGCAGCUUGCUGGUGGUGGUCUUCAUCUCCUACUUCGGGGGCCGGGGCCAGAGGCCCCGCUGGCUGGCGGUGGGCGGCGUGGUCAUCGCCGUCGGGGCGGCGUUGUUUUCUCUUCCGCACUUCAUCUCGCCGCCCUACCAGAUCCAGGAGGUGAACUCGUCGAUGGGCAACGAGGGCCUCUGCCAGAGCGGCAACGGCAGCGGGCGCGAGCCCUCGGCGGCGUCGUGCCCCCGCGACCAGGAGGGCAACGAGCACGGCUUGUACGUCACUCUGUUCAUAUGCGCCCAGAUACUGGUGGGCAUGGGCUCCACGCCCAUCUACACCCUGGGGCCCACAUACCUGGACGACAACGUGAAGAAAGAAAAUGCAUCUCUCUACUUGGCCGUCAUGUACGUGAUGGGAGCCCUGGGACCUGCAGCUGGCUACCUGCUGGGGGGCGUCCUCAUCGGCUUCUACGUCGACCCGAAGACUGCAGUCAACAUUGAUCAGAGCGACCCCCGCUUUGUCGGCAACUGGUGGAGCGGCUUUCUCUUGUGUUCCGUUGCCAUGCUCCUGGUCAUCUUUCCCAUGUUCGCCUUCCCCAAAAAGCUGCCCGCGCGCCACAAAAAGAGGAAGAAGAAAAAGAUUGGCUCGCCCGGCGACGUGUCCAGCGACGACGAGGUGAUGAAGGAAAAGUCCAGCAGCAAAGACAAGAAGGUCUCCUCCUCCAUUGGCUUUGGGAAGGACAUCAAAGACCUCCCCAAGGCAGCACUGAGGAUCCUCAGCAACAAGACCUUCCUGUUCGUCAGCCUGUCCUACACGGCCGAGUGCGCCAUCGUGACCGCCUUCAUCACCUUCAUCCCCAAGUUCAUCGAGUCCCAGUUUGGAAUCCCCGCCUCCAACGCCAGCAUAUACACCGGCGUGAUCAUCGUACCCAGCGCAGGGGUGGGCAUCGUGCUCGGGGGCUACAUCAUCAAGAAGCUGAAGCUCGGCGCCAGAGAGUCGGCCAAACUGGCCAUGAUCUGCAGCGGGGUGUCUCUGCUCUGCUUCUCCACCCUCUUCAUAGUGGGCUGCGAGAGCAUCAAUCUGGGAGGCAUCAACAUCCCUUACACCACGGGUCCGACCCUCACGAUGACCCACAGGAACCUGACGGGCAGUUGCAACGUGAACUGCGGCUGCCGGAUCCACGAGUACGCCCCGGUGUGCGGCUCUGACGGCAUCACCUACUUCAACCCCUGUCUGGCUGGAUGCAGCACCGGGGGCAACGAUAGCACAGGGAUCAGGAACUACACCGAAUGCGGCUGUGUGCAGAGCAGACAGGUCAUCACGCCGUCCCCGGGCGGCCAGGUCAACCAGCUGCAGCUGGUCAUCGUUAAAACCUACCUGAACGAAAACGGCUACGCCGUCUCGGGGAAGUGUGACCGCACCUGCAACACCCUCAUCCCCUUCCUCAUCUUCCUCUUCAUAGUCACCCUCAUCACCGCGUGUGCCCAGCCCUCCGCCAUCAUCGUCACACUCAGGUCCGUCAAUGAACAGGAGAGGCCUUUUGCUCUCGGGAUGCAGUUUGUCCUGCUACGAACGCUCGCCUACAUCCCCACGCCCAUCUACUUUGGCGCUGUGAUCGACACCACCUGCAUGCUGUGGCAGCAGGACUGCGGCGUGCACGGCUCCUGCUGGGAGUACGACGUCACCUCGUUCCGCUUCGUCUACUUCGGCCUGGCCGCCAGCCUGAAGUUCGUGGGCUUCAUCUUCAUCUUUCUCACCUGGUACUCCAUCAAGCACAAGGAGGACCGGGAGGAUCGCUGGCGCCAGCGCCUGCCGCCGCUGGGCACCGUCAGCGAGCUCGUCUGCCACGCCGGCGGUCACAAGAGCCACGCGCGCACCCGCUCCUGCCCCGUGUUCAUCCCGCCACGGCCGGACCCGCCCGCCGCCCUGCUGCUCAACCGCGGCCACAGCAGCCUCAGCUGCCCCGGCAAUGCCCUGAAAGCAAUAACCCCGCCCAUCCAGCUGCCGCAUCACCACGGAGGAUCCGCGCGCGUCUGAGAGCCCACCGAGCGCCUCGCUCGCUCUCUCUCUCUCUCUCUCUCGCCCUCCGGGGGCGCGGCCAUUGUGACACGUGCCUUCCCGUUUGUGUGUCUUCACCACACACACACGCACACGGUCUGCUUUACACCAAUCAGACCUCCAGGUGGGGCCGACAUAUUUAAAGGGCUGCUCGUGGCUGCUUCGUAGAGGAGACUGACACAUGCUCUUCCUUCCCGAGCACGUCACGAGCCGCGGCCGUACACAGGACCCACAACAGAAGGUCAGGCGAUGAUGUGAAGACGUUACACGGUGCUACUGGUAAAGGGCAGGGCGUUAAUAUCUCCGUACGGACCGAGCCUCGUCAGACUCAGCCUCUAAAGCACAACUGACACAAACUGUACUAUGCAAGAUCCUACGUACAGCUCCCUCUGUAUUACAUCUGUACCUCUUUGUUAUUCCGCGCUCAAUUACGUCAUGUGAUCGUUGACUCCCCUCCAGCCCGAGCUGUGGACAUAUCGGCGACCUCUCCAGUAUUUGAGCCCUUUUCAGCCUUUUCUCUUUUCUGGUGUUGUUGGAUCAUAAGAAUUGAAGUGUUUUUUUUCCCUUCCUUUUCUGUAACUGUGCCUCUCAGGCUCUCUCUCGGCCAGUCCAGUACACACAGCUAGCUACCAGGCUAGAUGCUAGCUACCGAAAUGCCCGUCACUGUUCUCUCGGUUGAGCGACAACGUUCUGCUUUGUUGCCCCCGGCAACGUCUUUGGGAACCGUCGCCACUGAGCUGCACCCGUUGGACGAAGCUCCUCGCCUUUGCAAAGUAACCAUGUAGCUUAAAGGUGACGAGCACCAAUGGUACAUUGUUUAACGACUUCUAUGAAAUCCAUAUUUCAUCACACACCACGCGACUUCACUAUUGUAAGGUGUCAUAAUAAGCCACAUGGCAUAAAAGAAUAACAAAGGGGACUCAUCUCUGACCGUGUGCUGAAGCUACUGUAUGUCCAAACAAUGUGAUUGUACUUGAAACUGGAGAUUUUGUAGGAUUUGGCAAUACGACUAAUUUGACCCACUUUAAAACCCAAUUUAUUUGUAUCAUAUUGAUCUGCAACAAAAAAUGAAGAUGUGUAAUUUUGGCGUGCUAAUGGUCAUCAGAUGUACAUAGUAAUUAUCUAGUAGUCUAGACUUUUAGGAAAGUAGUGCCGAGGAUGUAAAACAACUGCGUUCCUGGGUGUUUAGGGCUCUCUAGUGGCCAAAGAGGGGACUGUGCUAAGGCCAGUUUGUCUCACUAUAUUAUGGAAUUCUUGGUUAAAAGUUUAACUAUUAAAGUUAUUGCACUGAAAUGUACCACACAAGAUUCAGAUAUGAGAUAAUAUAUACCUUCUGCAGCUCUUUUGAGAUGCUUUGCUCUUAUUGGUGGUCAUGUCUACAACAUUAGCUUUAACCAUUGGGCUCUUAAGGAUAGGACAGGAAGUGCUUUCUUUAACAUUUAAUACAUUAGCAUGAUUUUUUUAGAA